AUGCGUACAGCAAAAUUAUCAAUAGAAAAACGUUUAUUUGAGUGGGAAGAACAACAACCAAAGUUAAAUAUUAAACAUAAUACUGAUUCGGCUUUAUUAUGGACACAAAAUUUUAUAGUUUUAACGAUUGGUGCAAUUCUAUUAUCUGCAAUUGUAACAUUUUUAGCCGUGUUGUUGUGGCGUUCAAGACAACGACGAUUAUUAAAAACUCAUUGUGAACCAUCGGAAUCAACUCCAUUAUCAUUGGUGAAUAAUGAAAUAUUAAGACCAAAAGAAAUAGUAUUGUAUCCUAUUGUACCUAAACUUGUUCAAUUUAAUCCAGCAGAUAUUAAUGAAAAUUCAUAUGUAUCAACAACAGCAACAAAAAAAAUUCGUAAAAAAAAUCUUUUACAAAGAAGAGGCAAUAAUAAUGCAUUAACAAUAUCAAUAAAUUCAAAACAUCGUCUUCAUAAUAGUUCACCAACUGAUUGUUCAUCUGAUGAAUAUUUACAAACAGCAACACGAAAAUUAACUAUUGAUGAACUUCAUCAACAUGCACAAGAUACACGUUUACUUUAUCAAGAAUUUUGGUCAACACCAACAAAUCAUCUUGAAAAACUUCGUAUUUGUGGUACUGGAACAAAAAAUCGUUAUUGUACAAUAAUUGCAAAUGAACAUUCACGUGUAAAAUUAUCUGAAUUAUCCGAUGAUCCUCUUUCAUCUUAUAUCAAUGCAAAUUAUAUUUAUGGUUGGCCAAAUGAAUCUCAUGCAUAUAUAGCUACGCAAGGUCCACUUUCAAAUACAAUUAUUGAUUUUUAUCGGAUGAUAUGGCAAGAAUAUACACCUGUAAUUGUAAUGAUUACUCGUUUAUUUGAAAAAAAUAAAUCAAAAUGUGAACGAUAUAUUCCAGAUAUUCAAACAAAUCAAUAUGGUCCAUUUCAUGUUGAAGUUAAAUCAAUAAAUUAUCAAAAUGAUUAUGAAAUACGAAGAUUAAUUAUAAAAUAUGAAAAUGAACAACGUGAAGUUGAUCAUUAUUGGUAUACAGCAUGGCCUGAUCAUUCAUGUCCGAAUGUUAUACAACCAUUAAUUGAACUUAUUCAUAAUGUUGAAAAAAGUCGAAUUGAUUUAUCUAAAAUAAAUAAACGAUCUGGUCCUGUUGUUGUUCAUUGCAGUGCUGGUAUUGGUCGUACUGGUUGUUUUAUUGCAUUAAGUAAUGGUAUAAAACAAUUAAAUAAAGAAUAUGCUGUUGAUGUACUUCGUAUACUUUGUAAUUUACGACGAGAUCGUGGUGGAAUGAUUCAAACUAAUGAUCAAUAUCAAUUUGUUCAUCAAGCAUUAAGUGAAUAUGCACGACAAUUACAAUAA